AUGGAGGAGCAUCAGUAUGGGAUGGCUGAUCUGAGGCAGUACAUGAAUGGCAGCAGGCCUCUUUUUGCCCCAAUUCCCCCGCCGCCGCCGGACCUCUUAUCUGGACACCGGACCUUGACAGUAGUACCCACCCAGCAGCACUAUCAUGAGAUGGUCAUGGGGCUGGAAAUGGAGGCCGGUUGCGGGCUUGGUGGGGGAGAUGGUGGAACUGGGAGGUGGCCGAGGCAGGAGACACUCACUCUUCUUGAGAUCAGAUCAAGGCUCGAUCCAAAGUUCAAGGAGGCUAAUCAGAAGGGUCCUUUGUGGGAUGAAGUCUCAAGGAUCAUGUCGGAAGAACAUGGAUACCAAAGGAGUGGGAAGAAAUGCAGAGAGAAGUUUGAGAACUUGUACAAGUACUACAAGAAAACUAAAGAAGGGAAGGCCGGCAGACAAGAUGGCAAGCAUUACAGAUUCUUUCGCCAGCUUGAAGCCCUCUACGGUGACACUAGCAAUGCAGCCUCAGUCUCCGAAAACCAUCUACUUGGAAACAGUGUUCGAUAUAAUGCAGCAGCGAACAACACUACUUCCGUAUCCAAUCAAGAAGCCAGCUUUCAGGCUCAGAAGCUCUCUGAUAGCCUUAGUCUCUCUAACUCUUCUGAUUUUGAUACUACUUCAUCUGAGGAUAGUGAUCUUCAGGCGACAGUGGACAAUGAUUCCAAUGAAAAGAGGAAGAAGAGAUCAAAGGGUAAGAGGAGCUGGAAGGCCAAGAUAAAGGAUUUCAUUGAUUCGCAGAUGACGAAACUGAUGAAGAAACAAGAGGCUUGGUUGGAGAACAUGAUGAAGACAAUUGAGCAGAAGGAACAAGAAAGGAUGCUAAGAGAGGAAGAUUGGAGGAAACAAGAGGCCGCUCGGGUAGAAAGAGAGCAUAGGUUCUGGGCUAAUGAGAGAACAUGGAUUGAAUCCCGUGAUGCUGCUAUGAUGGAAGCCUUGCAAAAGUUAACGGGAAAAGAAUUAGUGAAAGCUUCAACUACUCCUGAUGAUCAGGAACUGAUGGCGGCCCAUGGACUUCAAAGUAUGAAUAAACAUCAUAAUGAUAACGGAAGCGAGACCAUCCCUAGCUUUUUGAAAGGUGAUAGUUGGGCAGAAUGUGAGAUUACAAAGCUAAUUCAAUUGAGAACAAACAUGGAGCCAAGAUUUCAACAAAUUGGAUGCCCGGAAGAAAUCCUCUGGGAGGAAAUAGCUGCCAAAAUGGCUUGUGUGGGCUAUGAUAGGACUCCACUCAUGUGUAAGGAUAAGUGGGAUAGUGUUAGCAGCUAUCUGAUGAAGUGCAGUAAAAAAAGGAAGGAAAGCUCAAGAUUCUGCUGUUACCUUAACAACGACUCUAUUACUGGUCAGGGAGGAAACUAUUCGUGUGAUACCAAUGAUGAUCAAGGGGGCCCUGAUCAAACAGUUAGACAUGCGCCACAGAAUGAUCAAGGAGCUUCCCCUCCUAAUGGUGAUACUGGCCAUGGAAUGCAUGAUGGCUGCUAUAGGUACUUAAUGGGUGAUGCCGAGAACCUGUGGGAGAAUUAUGGAGCCAAAUUCAGCAAGGGGGUGAAUCAGUAAGUUGAAAAGCGAGCCGAAUAUCUCCAUCAUUAUUGAGGUGCUUAAUUUGUAUCAGCUUCAGAGGACUAUUAGUUUAGCUGGAGUUAAAAGCGAGGGAUGUCUGACUUUAUGAGUUAGGGAAGUUAGAGAUCAUUUACAGCCUGGCUUUCUUUCUGUUGGGAUGGAUUAAGGAGCGUUCAUUUAU